AUGGAUUGCUGUGGGGUGAGCGGACCGGUAGACUACAAGACAAGCAGUUGGUACAACCACACCACAUUCGCCGACGGUCCAUUCGUGCCGACGUCCUGCUGUCACAUCCCUACUUUUUCUGACCAUCAUCAUCGUCAUCAUCCCAACAACAACAAUAAUAAUAACAAUAAUAACAACAACAAUAAUAAUAACCAUAAUGAUAAUCGUUAUCAAUCUCACGUUCGUUAUUCAUCGUCGUCGUCGUCUAAAAAUAGAUCGAGUGAUUUGCAAUGUCAGGUUGAAGCGGUAGCAGCCAUCAUGUCAUAUCCCAAUGUGUCCUAUAAUGGCUUUAAUAAUAUCAGAGUUAAGAUUGUGGAUUUUAUACACGCAUACAUCUUGCUCUCCUGCUUGAAGAAGUCCCUCAUUGAAUACACCUGGUGCGAAGAGGAUGAUUUCCAACCAUUUCCAUAA